CGGGAACAAACGGCGGGCGCGGGCACCCUGUUCCCUCUCUCUCCCCUCUCCAAUCCUACGGAGAAUGGGAGCGAGCCAUUUUCCCUCCUGUUUACAACCAAGAACCAAAACUUCCCCCAAACUUGUUUGGGGAUCUUUUCCCCGCAUUUCUGGGCCUCCUGCCAGAUUCCGUCAGCUGUUGAUCUGGAGAAUCGCAGCUUCCUGAUUUGAGAUCCGCAGCAGCACAGGAUAGAUUAGAUCAAAAAUCGAGGGUUCUUGCUACCAAUCUGCACGUGCAUAGGCAAGUGGGGGGGAAACCUGUUACUAGGCUGAGAGCAUCGUGAUUAUUGCAGAAAUUUGGCUCAUCGGCGAAGUUCCGUUGAAUUCCAUCUUAUGGAACCCGACGUUGGCAUGAGUAACCAAUGUUGCAGGAUUGAUGUUUCCUCAUUUACAAUCUGGUGUGAUCUGAGAAUAUUUGUGCCGCACUAAUGGGAGGUUCACAGGACAGGCUGGGCAUUUGAGCAACCUACAUGCAAAUUACCGGUGCCCUGAUCUUUCAUGGCUGCGAAAGCUCGUGCGAGGCCGCGAUACUCUUGGCGGCGAUUCUGGUUGGUGCUGUGCCAUGCCUUGAGCGAGUGCUUCCUCAUCGUAAUGCUGCUUGUGGUCGCCGUGGUGUCGUAUACCGCGACGAGGUUCGCGCGCAUCUGCAGGAUCCGCUCACCGUGCAUGCUGUGCUCAAGAUUGGACAAGGUUCUGCAUGACAAGGCCUGGUUCUCGGAGGAGCUGGUUUGUGCAGCACACAGGGUGGAAAUCGCGCGUUUAUCGUAUUGCCAGAUUCACAGCAAGCUCGCACAUUCUGAUGAUCUAUGUGGAAAGUGCUUGCUUUCAUGCUCUGGACCAGUUGGUAAACCAGGUAACCCAACAAACAUGAGCAUUAAGGAGAAGGCGGGGCACACACAACGAUGUUCUUGUUGUUCGGAGCCAUUCACGAAGAGAGACAACGCGCACAAGUUAUUUGAGGAGGUGAGUGGCAGGCCUCAGAAUGAUGGCAUGAGCAAAGUGAAGGAGAGAAGCAUGGCCACGGCAAGCGUUGGGCAUUCUUCGGAUGAGGAUUUUGAUCAAUUGCCUUACGGAGGUUACAGAAAGCUACAUGACUCUCAAUCAGAGAUUCAUGUCUCAGAUGAUGAUGUUGGCAGCGAUGCAAAGCCUUAUGAAGCUAAACGUCGAACCAGAGAUCUUGACGAGCACUCGAAGGCUGUGCCUGGGCAAGUUCGUCAGGAGCUUCCGAAACAGAAAACUUUUCUGGUUGGUACUGAGGAGGUCGGCGAUUUAGAGGGUGUUUCACGAAGCCCUGACCAGGAAGCUUCUGCAUCUAACGGGGCCCGCUCAACUACAAACCAUUAUGUCAACCGCAACAGUAGCAUGAAGAAUGCUCCUGGUGGUAGAGGCAAUCUUAGAUCUCCUCGAUGGUCUGAAGUAAUCUCCGCUAAGGAAACCAAUUCAACAACACAUGAAGAAGUGAAGACAUUCAUGUCCCAGUUGUCUUCUGCACGAGGCCUCGAUGGUCCUUGGAGUGAGGUGGCUGCUAGCCCCAGAAUCAGCAUACAGAUUGAUGAGUACAGUCAAUCUGAUGCCACUGAUGGCAGACAAUUCCUUGAUCUGGAACCAUCUGAUGGCCAUGUUCCAACUGAAGCUGAAGGUGAGAUCUCCCUUGAGUCCCUGAAGAAGCAAUGUGAGCUUAACAAGAAAAAACUAAGCAUCCUUUAUAAAGAGCUCGAGGCAGAACGGAGUGCUUCGUCUGUCGCAGCAAGUGAAGCGAUGGCCAUGAUCAAUAGGUUGCAAGUGGAAAAGGCUGCAAUGCACAUGGAGGCGCUGCAGUAUCUCCGGAUGAUGGAAGAGCAGGCUGAUCAUGACCAAGAAGAAAUUGGAAAGCUAAAUGACUUGCUUACAGAAAGAGAGAAAGAAUUGCUUGACCUGGAAGCUGAACUCGAAAGUUAUGAGAGCAGGUUCCGCAUGGAACCAUUUGAUCUCGGAAAAUUUGACGCUAUUGAUGGAGAUAUGGCACUCAGAGUCUUGGAUAACUCAGAUUUUGUGAGGAAUACCAUCUUUGGUUUUGAAGAUGAGAAGGCCAAAAUUUUGGAAUCCUUGAGCAGAUUAGAGGAAACACUUGGCAUGCCUUACACAAAUAGAUUUGAUUUGGGUGGCACAACUGAUAGCCUACAGAGUGGGUCACUGAAAGAUCAUCCAAGUGAUUGGCCUGGCCAAAGUGUAGAAAACUCAGAAUUGGCAUGUCGGAGUUCACUAUUGCCUCAGGAGCACUUGAACGAGGAACCACACUUGAACGAUGACUCACUGAGAGAUCAUCCAAGUGAUGGGCCUGGCCAACAUGCAGAAAACUCAGAACUGGAAUGUCGGAGUUCACUAAUGCCUAAGGAAGACUUGAACAAUGAAUCACUGAGAGAUCAUCCAAGUGAUGGGCCUGGCCAACAUGCAGAAAACUCAGAAUUGGAAUGUCGGAGUUCACUAAUGCCUCAGGAAGACUUGAACGAUGAAUCACUGAGAGAUCACCCAAGUGAUGGGCCUGGCCAAUAUGUAGAAAACCCAGAAUCAGAAUGCCAAAGUUCACCAUUGCCUCAGGAAGACUUGAAAGAUGAAUCAGUCUCUUUACAACGAAAUGAUGAAAAUCAAUCUGCUGAGAAUCAAAAAUAUGUUGGCCCAUGUUCGCGCUCAGAUGACGAUAAAAUUAGUUCCAUGGAAAGCAUUAAACAAGAAAUUUUGCUCUUGAAUAGUAGAUUCAUGGCACUUGAAGCAGAUCAGAAGUUUCUCAAGCAGAUAUUGAGUUCUCUUAAAUGUAGUAGUGAUGCAGAACAAUAUGUGCAGGAGAUAACUAGUCAUUUGAGGGAGCUCCGAAGAAUUGCUACCGAGCAGAGAGAUAGGACAGCUCUAUGAGCUCAAAAUUGUUCAGCAUUCAGAAGGUAAUAAUAGGCCAUAGUUGUAGCCCAUCUGUUGGCAAUGAGUUUGAGAACAUGCUGUGGAAAAACAAAAUAUGUAGUAUAGCUUAUAGGAUGUGUAUCAGGAUAGGUUGAUGUUCAGCAGACCUUAUGCAUUGUAUGAGGUCCACCAAAUGUACUGCAAAUAUCUUUUGAAAUUAUUAGCCUUAGGUUGAUUCUUC